AUGGGUCCAACCCCUACCCCAAACAUUUGGAGGCAUUUGGCCAAGAAGAUCCGAAAAGCGGGGGGAAGUGUGGUGAUGAAUUUGAAGGCAUGCAGGGCUAAGAAUUCCCUGAGGUGCCUUCAAGCGCUACGUCCCUGGACCCAAGACAGGAGGCUUUGCACGAGGCAGGACAAGACAGGAGGCUCCUUUAUCGCCUGGCGCCGCCACGAGCGCGUGCGCGACGAAGAGGGGAACCGCCUGCUGCGCACGGACUCGAUUCGAGAGCUCUACGACUUCGCAGAGGUGGUGGGCGAGGGCGGCUUCGGCACCGUGCUGCGCGCACGGCACCGGCGCACGGGGGAGGUGGUGGCCAUCAAGAGCAUUGCCAAGAGUCAGCUGAAGGAUGAAGAAGCGCUGCAGUUGGAAGUGGCCUUCCUGAAGAUGUCGGAUCAUCCCAACACAGUGCGCUACUACGAGACUUUUGAGGAUGCUCACGACAUCCAUUUGGUGAUGGAGAUGUGUUCAGGUGGCUCUCUCGCUCAGUACAUCCAAAAUGCCCACGAGGACUUUGGGCCGGGUGUCUCGGAAGACGAACUGGCACGCAUCACACUGCAGAUGCUUCAGGGCAUCGCCUAUUGUCACGCACAUUCGGUGGCCCAUCGGGAUAUCAAACCCCAGAAUCUGCUCUUCAGCUGCGGCGCACCGAAGACGGGGAGCGCCAUCCCCAUCUCCUGCAGCGGCCAUGGAGACGCUCCACUGAAACUCGUGGACUUCGGUAUCGCAGGGGUCUUGAGGAACGAUCGCCCGGAGAAGCGGCUGCUGACGAAAUGCGCGGGGACCGUGGGCUACAUGGCACCUGAGGUCUUCGGCUCUCGACCUUAUGAUGGUCGCUCGGCAGACCUCUUCUCCAUUGGAGCAGUAAUGCACCACAUGAUCGUUGGCGUACCACCCAGCUGGAAAAGCGCCACAAACACCUAUGAGUUCCCUGGGAAGGUGCGCUAUAUGCAGCUCUCGGAAGAUUGCCAGUCGCUCAUGGAGCAUUUGCUGCAUGAGGAGCCAGAGAUGAGGCCCACGGCUGCCGAAGCCUUGCAACAUCCCUGGUUCGACCGCGGCGGUUUCCACAACCCGCGGCAUGGACCGGUGGAAUCCAUGGCAGACCUGCUGGAGCGCUGCUUUCGGCGGAUGCACGACUUUUGCCAACGAACCCAGCUGCAGAAGACCAUCAUGUACAGCAUGGUCGCCUUCGCUGGGCUUCACAACCACCACAUGGAGGAGUUGCGCACAGCCUUCCUCGUCGCAGAUCGAGGGAAGUCCGCUGGGGUGAGUUGCUUUGAAUUCGUGGAGCUUGGGCGAAAGUGA